UACUCCAGAAGAAGAAGCAAAAGGAAAGUGGGCGGUGUUAUUGCUGCGAAAGGAAGCAUAGCAUUUUCGGAUUUUCCCACCAUCAAUUUCUGCAGCAGCAGCAGCAGCAGCAGAAGAAGAAUAUGACACUACAUAUUCUCCUCCUCCACUCUCUCUAGUUCUCCUAUAAAUAACCAAAAAUCCCUCUCUCUUUCACCCUCAAUUAUUUCCCCGAAAUCAAAAAUAAAAAUGGAGGCUUAUGCAUUACAUAUGGCCAUGGCGGCUUUAGUUGGUGCAUCAUUUGUUGCUGUUUCCGCUUAUUAUAUGCACCGAAAAACCCUAAAUCAAUUACUCGAGUUUGCUAAAUCAGUUGAAAAAGACAGAGAAAAUGGUGUUACUGAUGAUGAAGAAGACGAGAAGAAUGUUCUUGAGGAUGAAAAACGGUUUAAUAACAAAAAGUAUGUCGAGAAAAGAAAGAAUCGGCGGAAAGGAGGUGGAGUAAAUGGUUAUUAUCGCCGUGUUUCUAAUUCUUUACCUGAUGUUACUAAGAUUAACGGUGGUGGAGAUGAGAAGCUUGUUAAUGGUGGUCGGUUAGAUAUGAUUGAUGAUCGGAUUCCUCCGGGUUUGUCCAGAUUACGGAAACUUCCUGAAGGACAACCUCUUGGUAAGGUAAAUUCGACAAAGUCAGUUCGACCAGCUUCUCCUAAGUCUCCCGUUGCUAGUGCUAGUGCGUUUGAGAGCGUUGAGGGAUCAGAAGACGAGGAUUUGACCGACAAUUCUAAGCUCAACUCUAGCUAUUUGCUUGCUAACGGAGAUGCUGGGACGGAAAGCAUUUUCCAAACUGUGCCUAAUCACAUGAAUGCCGUUGUGGAGCAAAAUCCUAUUCCUGCAGCCAGCAUGAUCCGUUCUCACAGUGUAUCUGGUGAUCUCCAUGGUGUCCAGCCUGAUCCAAUAGCAGCGGACAUUCUUAGAAAAGAGCCAGAACAUGAAAGUUUUAUGCGGCUGAAAAUCACUCCAAAUGAGGUACCGUCUCCCGACGAAGUGGAAGUGUACCAGGUCCUUCAACAAUGCCUUGAAAUGCGAGAACGUUAUCUAUUCAGGGAGGAAGUUGCUCCUUGGGAGAAAGAAGUCAUCACCGAUCCUAGUACCCCAAAGCCUAAUCCUAAUCCAUUUUCAUAUUCUCCAGAAGGGAAAACUGAUCAUCAUUUUCAAAUGGAGGAUGGUGUUGUUCAUGUCUACGCUAAUAAAGAUUCAAAAGAGGAACUUUUUCCUGUAGCUGAUGCUACAACUUUCUUUACUGAUCUGCAUCGCGUCCUUAAAAUUAUUGCUGCUGGGAAUGUUCGAACUUUAUGUCAUCACAGGCUGAAUCUUCUAGAACAAAAAUUCAAUCUUCAUUUGAUGCUUAAUGCGGAUAGAGAAUUCCUUGCUCAGAAAAGUGCUCCACAUCGUGAUUUUUACAAUGUUAGGAAAGUUGAUACCCAUGUCCAUCACUCAGCAUGCAUGAACCAGAAACACCUUUUGAGGUUUAUAAAGUCAAAAUUGAGGAAAGAACCAGACGAGGUCGUUAUAUUCCGAGAUGGAACUUAUCUGACAUUGAAAGAAGUGUUUGAGAGUCUGGACUUGACUGGGUAUGAUCUCAAUGUAGAUCUGCUCGAUGUUCAUGCAGACAAAAGUACCUUUCAUCGUUUUGAUAAGUUCAAUCUCAAGUAUAAUCCCUGUGGUCAAAGUAGACUAAGGGAAAUUUUCCUUAAGCAAGAUAAUCUUAUCCAAGGCCGUUUCCUUGGUGAGCUGACAAAGCAAGUGUUUUCUGAUCUGGGCGCUAGUAAAUACCAGAUGGCCGAAUAUAGAAUAUCAAUAUACGGCCGAAAGCAGAGUGAGUGGGAUCAACUUGCCAGUUGGAUAGUCAAUAAUGAUUUAUACAGUGAAAAUGUUGUUUGGUUGAUUCAGCUUCCACGGCUGUACAAUAUUUACAAAGAAAUGGGAAUUGUGAAAUCAUUCCAGAAUAUGCUUGAUAACAUUUUCCUCCCCCUAUUUGAAGUUACGGUUGAUCCAGAUUCACACCCUCAGUUGCAUGUUUUCCUGAAACAGGUUGUUGGAUUAGAUCUGGUGGAUGAUGAAAGUAAGCCUGAAAGACGCCCAACAAAACACAUGCCUACACCUGAAGAAUGGACCAAUGUUUUUAAUCCGGCUUUCUCAUACUACAUCUAUUACUGCUAUGCAAACCUCUACACUUUGAAUAAGCUGCGCGAGUCCAAGGGCAUGACGACAAUCAAAUUUCGUCCACACUGCGGCGAGGCAGGAGAUAUUGACCAUCUUGCUGCAACCUUUAUUACGUGCCAUAAUAUUGCUCAUGGAAUCAACUUGAGAAAAUCUCCUGUUCUUCAGUACUUAUAUUACCUUGCACAGGUUGGAUUGGCUAUGUCUCCACUUAGCAACAACUCCUUAUUUUUGGAUUAUCACCGGAACCCUUUUCCCACGUUCUUCCUUCGAGGCCUAAAUGUUUCUCUUUCAACUGAUGAUCCUCUACAAAUCCACUUGACGAAAGAACCAUUGGUGGAAGAAUACAGCAUAGCAGCUUCAGUGUGGAAGUUAAGUGCAUGUGAUCUGUGUGAAAUUGCCCGCAACUCAGUUUACCAAUCAGGGUUUUCACAUGCUCUCAAGUCUCACUGGAUUGGGAAGUCAUACUACUUGAGAGGCCCUGAUGGCAAUGAUAUUCACAAGACAAAUGUGCCUCAUAUCCGUGUAGAAUUUAGGGAUACGAUCUGGAGAGAAGAGAUGCAACAGGUUUAUCUGGGCAGAGCCAAGAUCCCUGAAGAAGUUGAAAAGUAAAAGGACCUAAAUGUGACAGCUUUAUGCUUUACUCAAUCCCUUACCUGGAGAGGUCAGGUGCAAAGGAAGUGGGGAAAAGGGCCCGACUUAUGAAGGUUACUCAGAUGGAAGAUCUAGCAGCUGAUGAAGCCGAGACAGACAUUGCCAGCUGACUACUUGGAGAAAGAGCUGGCGCUGGACACAAGCAACCAGUGUGUCACUUCUGGAACCCAACUUUCGGGAUCACAAUCUUAAAUCUUCCUUUUGUUUUAAAUAAAUCUUUAUAAGGAGCUGUAAGUUCGCCAUGACAACCUAUUAGGUCAUCGGAAAAGUUACCACGCUGAACUCUUUUACAUUUUUCAAAUCAUAGUAUUAUAAAAGAAAACAAUUUGCGAAACUCUUUUAAUUUAAUAAAACAAAUUGUAAAUCUUUCCUGGACUAGCUAUUUCAGUUGUUAAUUUUGAAGACUUA